CAAUUGUUGUUUAAUGUGACAGAAUUUGUUGAAAGAACUCAGUGUAAUAAAACUGUCAUUUUACCUUGCUGUGUGACCAAUCUAAAGGAAAACAACACAAAAGUCAUGUUUGUUACCUGGAAAAGACAAGGAAAAGUAAUUUUUUCUUUUGAUGGAGAAAAAAAUGAGUUCUACAGAGAUCAAAUGGUCCCAUCAGCUAACUUAGAAUCUGAGGUGAAUUUACCCAAGGGUAUUGCCUCCCUAACGAUUAAGAGUACGGAAGCAGAAGCUGGAAAUUACAGUUGUCAAGUAACGGAAUCAAACAGAGAAGGAGAAACAAGAGUUGAACUUAGAAACCACACAGUUGUCAGUUGCAACGAGGAAGGUACACCAGCACCAAAGGAAAAAUGUGGAUCAUGGUUUCUUCUAGUGGAAAGGGCUCUCAUCAUAGCAUUGCUGUUCUUAGUUAUUAUUUUGUGUUCGGCUCAGUUUAUUGUUAUUGCAUUAAAAUACGAAAUUGUAACUCAGAAGAAAAUGGCCAUUAUUGUAGCAGGUAUCAUCUUCACAGUUGCUGCUGUUGUAGGCACUGUUCUUUAUGUCCAAGAUGGCUAUGCUGCACAGAAUCAAGCUGGUCUUGGCCUAAUUGUUAUCCCUUCUGUGAUUUUGGUGCCACUUCAAUACUUGAUGUUUCGAAUUGUUUUUGAUAGUCUACCACAAGCAACAUAUGCUCUGAUAGGUUUGCAAAUCCUUGGUUAUAUAAUUGCUGUGGUUGGUUUUGCACUGUGUGUCUCAGCCUGUCCUCCAUUACAUGGGUCUGUUGUGAUUGCUGGCUUAGCUAUUAUGGCUAUUGCAAGUUUGCUUAGCCUGGCUGACAUAUUUAUUAUGGGUUCCAGAAUGAAAGAUCAUCCUCGUCCAGGGAAAGCUGUAGAAGAACCACUAAAUGAACGGCGGAGUUAUGUGAUGUGUGAAAAGUACACUGUUGUUGGUACACCGUGGCCUUGA